AUGACCGAGUGCCUUGGCGCACUGUGCACAAAUCGGGAGAUCGCAUUAGAUGAUUACUUCUCCGCAAGGGAGAAGACAAUUGAACCGAUAGGACAGACCUGCUCCUUUUAUCCUCUCUCCAACUGCUAUGGCAGCGUAAAUUAUGAUCAAGUUAUUCCCCCCAGCCCUCGUUCCCAUGCGAAAAUCGUAUCGUACAACCUCUUCGAUGCGAACGCGAACGGAGAAGAGACCAUGUUAGGAUCAGACAAUACAUACGAGGAGGGGCUACUGAGGAGAAGAAAUAAAAUUUGCGAUAGGAUUACAUAUGAGGUAAAGGGAGGCAACGGAGAAGCUUUAUUUUUCUGCGUGGAGAAUGAAAAACAAAAUGGAAGACGUAAACAUUUUAGUGACAACUGGGAAAAUUAUGCUGAUGUAAAAUUAUCGAAGAAAAAGGGAGAACACCCCUUUACUCGUUUAAAGAUGAACAGGAAGAAUGAAAAUACGCUGUACGUUACAAGUACGAGCAGAACGCCAUUCAGCAGUAAAGUGGAGAAAGAAAGAUACAGAUUAGACUCUCGCAUAUGGAACAUGCCGGGUGGACACUUUAGUGGACUACUCGAAGUUCCUUUAAAAUGGAAAAGACGAUCCUUCUCCGAAUAUUCGAAAAGGAUAAUUCCAUGGAAUCGACAAAUAUGCCUCAUACGAUUUCUUGCGCCAAUGUCGAAAUGUUGUAAAAAAAAAUUAAAAAAAAUUAAGACAUUUUUUCUAACGCGAGACAGGUUGCAGACAUGUAACCAAGUGAUAAGCAGCAUGACUGCCCAUAGACGGAGAGUACCCCCCCGAUUUAGGGUAAGACGCGAAGACAGCAGUCAAAAAAUGAACGGACGAGAACUUUGCCUAUAUGUCUGCCAUUGCGAUGUUUCAAAAAAUUACAAUUUGGACUCGAUUUGGGGAACGAGAAAGCAUAAAAAAAGAAUAACCGAUGAUUGCCACAACCUAACAUCAUCUUUUAAAUCAAUCCAUUCGACGCAUCCAUUUUUCUAUAAUUCUGUAGAGAAUCGAGAAAAGGAAGAAAACGCACACGUAUCUCCUUUUGCGCAGUUCUCCCACACCUCGUACAUACCAGGGCUUGUUUUUUCCCAAUCCGCACAUGACUGCCAUGAGUUGGGAGUGAAAAGAGGUGAAAAAAAAACAAGUAACAUGUUGAGGGUGAAUCUGAUAGGUUCACGAUCAGAGGUACUCAGCUCGAUCCAAUGCCAUGCUAGUAACAUAUGCAAAUAUGAAGGAACUUAUAGCCAAGUGAGUGUCUAUAACAUGACAGAAAUGAAUUGCCUUAUUGACUCCAAAUGGAGGAAAUUUAACAUGUAUAUAAUGCCUGCCAAGAGUUACAGUCUUUCAGAUUUGUCCGAACUGUUAGGCGCUGUUAUUCUAGAGCCCCCCCCCUUGAAUUGCAGUUUGGGGAUGGGAGAGGCAACGUUUCCCUCUCCAUUACAGCAUCAGGGGGAAAAACUUUUUCUUUAUGGCCCAGCGUACACACACACGGAGAUUCAACCGCAGUGUUUUGCAAAUGUAUCCCUUCUGAACCUUCAUAUCGUAUUUGAUAAAAAUUAUCCCAAGGAGAUUGAACAUUCGAAUUGUUAUCUGUGCCUUCCACCUUUGAGAAGAAAAAAAAAAAACUACCAACUUAGAGGCGAGAAGUUUUUCCCCUGCAGUGUAACAUUACACAAGUUAUGCCUUCUCCAUUUGGCCCAUUUGGAACAUAAUAAUUACAAGUGCAAGAUUGGCAAAGGGGAGGUUAUCCCACGACAGCUUCUGCGCGUAGAAGUCGGGGGAGACGUAACUGGACUGAUUACGCAUGGAAAGGUAGAAGCGGUAAAUUAUCCACAGAGGAUAGUCACUAAACCUGCUAAUGGGAAGCUUUCCCCCGUUGAUAUCAUCAAUGGGAGUGAAAUAAUUUUUUUCGACAAAGAAGGCACUAUUGAUGGUACACCCUGUGCAUGCAAAUAUACGAAUGGAUAUCCUUCCAUGGCAUCUACCCACUGGGAAAAAGCGCCUGAUGGAGAUCAAACCCAAGCCACACCACCCUACUUUGACAAUUCUGUGUGGACGUCCAAAUUGCGUGAACAAUCGCGCAAAGUCGAACUAGUGCUAUACACCUUUACGCACGUGGUGGAACGAAUAAUAUAUCUGGCAGGUUAUUAUUUGUGCUUGUUCCACUUUGUUCUUUGCAACGUUCAAUUUUACUUAACCGUUUUGGUAAAGUUUGUAGAGUGCAAGAUGUGUAUGCUGAUCAGAAGGAAGAAUAAAAAAGAGGAGCGACUUCUGUUGCCGUGCGAAGAAGUAAGACUAGUGCACCAAAUGGACGAAACAGUUAAUUUCGAAAAUGAAAAGGUCGCAUCAAAAAGGAUGGCGAUUCUCCCUGCUUGCGAUAAGUCACUCGGGAGGGAUUACACCACCAAGAGGAGAGGCGAGGAAUAUCCUUUAGUCCCUAAGUUGUCGCCGAAGCGGCAUAACAAGAAAGGAUGGACUAUUCUGUGCACGUAUCCUAUGCAAACAGAGCCUGCCAAAGGGUGUGCCGCCAGAAUGGGGAAAAGCCUGGCCAGUUUGUUUUCUCCAAAUGUGGCACCCCCCCGUGGAGAUCGUAGAGAAUUGAGCAGAGAGGAUGUGCUCACGCGUCAGUGCGAAAAUAACAGGAAGGAGAAGAGGAAAGAAGUGUCUAGCAGUAUGAGCAAGGGAACACAUCUCCAGCAAAAGAGAAACAAAAAAGGUACAUAUGAAGGGAGUGCAGAGUAUUCCACCUUGGGGAACUCUACCAAUUAUAAACAACUGCUAAACACCCUUGAUAAGAAGCACUUGUGUAACUUCUCUUACACCCCAUCCAAAUCGACGCUGUUUUUGUCGAAGAACUCGAAUAAAAGGUGUUUUAGAAAGAAGGGCACCGAAGGCAAGGGGGGAAGGAGAAAAGGAGGGGAUAAGAAAACAAAUGAGCCAAAAGGUAAUCAAGGAAAAGGAAGAAAAAACAGAGAUGAUGGAAACGGGUCCGACUCGCACCUGGAGUCCGAUUCAGAGUCCAGCUCGGGUGAGGACGACGAAGAAGAGGAAGAGGACGACGAAGAGGAGGAGGAUGAAGAAGAAGAAGAAGAGGAGGAGGAGGACGAGGACGAAGAAGAGGAAGAGCAGGAGGGAAGCGAAUUCGACGUCGGAGAUGAAAAGGAGGAGGAUGAUGAUAAGGAGGACGACGAUGAUGAUAAUGACGUAGUCGAAGACAAUGAUGGGGAGGAGGACGACGACGAAGAGGAAGAUUAUGAAGAAGACGAAUUUGACGUGGACGAGGAGAAUUAUGAUGACGAGGAUGAGCAGGAUGACGAGGUGGGGGGGCAACAGGACGACGACGAUAAUGACGAAGACGAUGAUGAGCCGGAGGAGGAAACCCUUGAAGAACAAGGAGAUGACGAUGAACCGGAUGAGGAAGACGACAACGAUGAACAGGAUGACGAGGAAGCGGACGAUGAUGACGAAGGGGACGAUGAUGACGAAGGGGACGAUGAUGACGAAGCGGACGAUGAUGACGAAGCGAACGAUGAUGACGAAGCGAACGAUGAUGACGAAGCGAACGAUGAUGACGAAGCGGACGAUGAUGACGAAGCGAACGAUGAUGACGAAGCGAACGAUGCUGACCAAGACCAGGCGUAUCACAAGGGAGACAGAAAAAAAAGGAAAAAAAAAGGCAAAAGGGGGAAGGAACACCAAUUUAAGGACGAAGAACAGUCGGAAGGGGAAAUACUCAGAGAAGAGGACAGACACGAUUAUUAUUACAACCAUACCAACAGCCAUUAUGACAAAAAAAAAAAACUGUAUCUAAAGAAAAAGAAUAAAAGGUUUAAGCACAGAUACGUGUAUCUGAACAAUCUAUUCAGAGACAGCGUGUGUAUAAACACCACGAAUGUAUCCAAUUUCAUAUCAGUAAGUAAGGACAAACUGACUGCCACGUAUAGCGCAUGGGGAAAACACACAGACAUUGCGUGCGUUCAGGUAAAUAAAUGUGCAUCCAGAGAUUGCAGCAUAUACUAUUUUGAAGUCGAAGUGUUAAGUUGCUCCAACUUCUCCAAAAUUGUAAUAGGCAUGACCAGCAAAAAUUACACAAUUAACAAAAACCCAGGAUCUGAAUAUAACUCCUUUGGAUAUAAGAAUGAUGAUGGGAAAAAAAUUAUCGAUAGCAAAUUAGAAAGUUACAGCAGUGGGUAUACCAAAUAUGACAUAAUCGGGUGUGGGAUUAACUAUUUCGACAACAGUGCCUUUUUUACAAAAAAUGGAAAAUUUCUAGGCAAGGCCUGCAAUGUGAAUCCCAAGUAUGAUUAUUAUGCCACUGUUGGAUUGACUACUCUAGGAGACCGAAUCAGAUUUCAUCUGAACAAUUUCUACUUUGACAUAUAUAAUAUGAUUUAUGAAGAAUGUGAAAAGGAAAGGAAAAUCAUAAAGUCCAUUUAUAUUCAGAAAGACAUUUUUACUGAUGUUAUUAAAUCACAUUUGAUAAAGUGCGGCUAUUUUAACACGUACAAAUCGUUCGUGGAUUUCAUGGAGAAGCAUAACAACACGGGAGACAAUGGUAGCAGCGUCGGCGGGUCCUCCAACAGUAAACACUCCCUGGAUAAGUUCUUUGCGGGCCAGGAGGACGCACCCGGGGGGGAGGACGAAGCAAAAAAGGAUGAUGUAAAAAGGGAUGAUGUAAAAAGGGAUGAAGUAAAAAGGGACGAAGCAAAAAAGGAUAAAGUAAAAAGGGAUGAAGUAAAAAGGGACGGAGGAAAGAAGAAUGAAGUAAAAAGGAAUGAUGUAAAAAAGGAUGAUGUAAAAAAGGAUGAUGUAAAAAGGGACGAAGCAAAAAGCCAUGAAGUAAAAAAGGAUGAAGUAAAAAAGGCUGAUGUAAAAAGGGACGAAGCAAAAAGCCAUGAAGUAAAAAAGGAUGAAGUAAAAAAGGACGAAGUGAAAGGCAAACCCACGUGCGACCCCGCACACAACGCAGAUGAUACUCUCAGCACGAGUCUUCAAAGCAGCCAAGGGAAGUGCGAGGAACCGCCAACACACCUUUCACAAACUCAAAGUAGCGAGAACAAGCACGAUGAUGGGGAAGCCGAGAAACAGAAAGACGAAGCAGUAGAAGCCGCAAAUGAUCCUAUUCAGAAGGAGAAUCAUCCUCAAUCUAAAGGUUGUGCCCCCAGCAGUGAGGCCCCGGAAAAUGCGAGCUCCCACAAAAUAGGAAGAAAAAAUUCCAAGGAGGAUCAAAAUGAAGAAAACGACAAACACGAUUUUAACAAAUUUCUAAUUAACUACCUAGACGUGUAUGAAAAACUGAACAAGGACGAAAGGGGCGAAAGGAGCGACAAAACAGAAGAGGCAAAGAAAGGGGGGAAAACGGGAAACCCUACCCUCACCCCAAGCAAUGCACUCCGAAGUGAUCAAAAUGAAGGUGAGGAUAAACAGGGGGGAGAUCCCAAAUCUGAAACUGAUGACACGAAAGGGGAUAGCCAUCCAAUAGGGGAAAUCGCGGGAAGUAGCGACAGGCAAGAAAAGUCGAAUAGAACAAGUGGCCCAGAUCAGCAGAAGGUGGAAGGCACCACAGGGGAUGUUACCCCCCACCUCGAUGCGGCCUCGCCAGCCGUUGAGCCUCCCCUCUCUGGAGAACAAAUCCCCCCUCUGAACCAGGCGCACACAAAGGAGGAUCCCACAGAAGAAGCAGAGGAGCAAACGAUCAGCGAUCUCACGGCCAACAUCCUAAAGAGCUACGAAUUUAGCCCAUACAACUACCCCCCAGCAAACUUGCAAAAUACACUAUGGAUAUCGCGCAAAAGCAGUCUUGGCAAUUUAUUAAACGUAAGAAAAGACUCCAACAUCUUACUACUAAAUCGAUUAAGAGGUAAAAGAAGCCUGAACUUGAAGGAAGAUUUGAAUAUUUUGGCCACGAACUUUUUUAAUACCAAAAAAGAAUCGAGAAAAAGUGAAAGCGAUAUUAACAAAAAAAUUCAGCUUCUGCUACGAGAGAAAUCAGGGAUGAUUAAAAAUGAAAAUUUAAAAAAAUUAAAUAAAAAAGAAGGAAAAGGGUACUCACUAGAUAAGGAAUACAUUACUAAAUAUUUUGUCAACUUGUACCUGUCUGAGGAUAAGCUAAGAAAAAUGGUAAACUCCCUGCAGACGAGGCACAUCAUACGAAAUAGCAUUCUAAGUGGAAAUAUUAUACAGGUGCUGAAUAUUCUGGAAGAGGAGUACGCAGAUUUGUUGACCAACGAGAGGGGAAGCUUUCACAUUGCCAUGUUGUACACGCAACAGCUGAUAGAGAUAUUGAAGCCGAAUAAAGACUUUAUUAAAAGAAUUUCUUUAAGAAAAAAAAAUUGUAAAAAAUUGGGAGACUAUGAUAUAGAGGAUGAUCUACUCAGUGAAACGAGUUACAAAACGUAUGAUACUUUAAGUGAUGACCACUUUUAUGAUGACAUCAGAACGGAUUGCGGGUCUUCCGAUAGUCUACUUUGUGAUAGCUCCAAUGAGGAGUAUAGCAGACACAAUGACAUAGUGUUGAAAUUGGAGAAGCUCAACAGAAGAGGGGAAAACCGCGAGAAGAUUAACAGAAAGGAGGAGCUAGGGAUGUGUGAGAGACGCCGUUGUAAGAAGUUAGUGGGGCAUCGCGCCAGAGGUAGCUACAAAAGUAGCGACAGCAAUGGGCAUACAACUGAUGACAAGGAGGGGAGCAUCGUAAACAGCGGUGAUAACAAGCUGAAGAGGAAAUCUGAGAAGCACCCCGAGAAGCACCCCGAGAAGCGCCCCGAGAAGCUCCCUGCGAAAGGAUCCUCAAACAACGAAAAGGGGCAGCCGUUCGACCCGUCCAACGCAGAAAAAGAACAAGCGCGUAAGGAGGAUGAACAACUUACGCGGAGCGCAGAGGACGACAAAAAUGCACACCUCGCGAAUCAGCCCAAGACGGAGGAACAGAAGGGAACAGACACUACAGGGGUGAAUGAAACUUCGAAGAGAAAUUCCCACCUAAACAAUAAUAACCUUGCGAGGGAAAAAAAAAUCGAAAAAAUGAUAUACAGAAACAUGAGAUCAAAUUACGAUGAAGAAUUUUUUGAAACGAACAACUUGCAGGAAGAGUAUGAACAGCAUUACAACAAACUGUCCAAAGAAUAUGAAUUUUUUGCGGAGGAUAAUCCAUACAAUAAUAAAAAUAGAAAACAAUCUUUCAGAAAGGGGACAUCUGGAAAAAAGAGGUACCCAAAGAAAGCACACACAUUUUCAAGCUCAAGUGACGGUGAUAGCACCUCCGAUUGUGACAGUAAUGACUCGAACUUUAAUGAAAAGCAUUACGAAUUUAAUGACAUAAAUUUCGAUCAGAUAUAUCAAUACAUAUAUAAGAAUAAAUCGCCAAAUAGUGAAGACAUAAAAUUUAAAAAGGAUCAUUUGUAUUUAGCCCUGUUAUGGAUUCGAGAAAAAUUGUCCCAUUUUAACAAGUCACGGCAGGUGAACGUGCGCCAGUGUAUCCUAGACACAACUUCGCUGAUUGCUUAUCAUAAGCCGUACAAGGAGAGACUCGUUCGCAUGUUCUUCUCGAAAAGCAGAAAUCUUCUGACGUUCAGUUCGGUGAACGAGGGCAUACUGGGCCUAUGCCUGAAGGUCCCCGUGUACUCCCCCCUGGAAAUUAUGGUGAAGCAUCUCAUACUGUGCAGAAACUUGCUGCGAGAGAAAAAGGGAAACAUCGGGAUCAAGUACGACUGCCGCUACGUGUGUCAGCCGUACAAACGAUACAUGAUUAAAGUGAAAAACAACAAAAAGAAGAGAAGAUACUUCAAGGAAGCAACGAAGCAAAAGAAUGAGAAGGGAUUCCUAAACGGAAAAAUUAUUGAAGAUAACAGGUUAUCCAUUUUUCAGUAA